AUGGCUGUCGCUCAGGUCAACGGCAACGUCGAGGAAUCUACCCCUCAGUCUGCUUUCAUCCAGCACCUCCUCAACUACCCCAUCAUCUCCGACAGCGUCAACACCGUCUCUAGCACCGUCCACUCCAACACUUACGCCCAGCGCUCCAUCAAGCUCGGCGACUCCGCCUACAAGACCUUCGCCGCCCCCAUCCUCCCCUACUUCGCGCGGCCCUACCAGUACGUCUCGCCGUACGUGCAGCGCGCCGACUCCCUCGGCGACAAGACGCUCUCCCGCAUCGACGAGACCUUCCCCAUCGUCAAGAAGCCCACCGCCGAGCUUUACAGCGACGCCAAGGCCCUCGUCUUCCUGCCCUACAACAAGGGCCUCGAGGGCCGCGACCACGUCUUCGAGGUCUACAACGCCGAGGCCAAGAAGCAGGCUGAGAAGGGCUACCUGGGCCAGGGCAAGGCCGCCGUCGCUACCGUGUUCCAGGUCAGCAACGAGGCCCUCGCCCUCGCCACCAGCUACGUCGCUGUCAAGAAGGCCGAGGUCACCCAGGAGGUCAAGGAGAAGAUUAACCAGUAA